ACUGUCAACGCGAGAAACGUUGUUUGUAUACGAAAUUUUUAUCAGUUUUCUGCCUCAUCCGCAGUCCGGGGACUUCGAACGAGCGAAAAAGACAGGAUGAGUCGUACAAUGGAUGAAAAAGAAGAGCUGGUGAAGAAGUCCUUGUUUAGUUUCGUGAGGAAGGAGGUGCCCACUGCCCAACUGAGUUUAAUAGAUGAUAUCGUUCUUAGUUAUGUCGUAAGUAUGGUAGAAGAAAGUGCACUUGAGGAAGAGUUAGACGUGGAUGGACUGUGCGAAAUGGUGUCUGCCUGUCUUCCUGAGUUUUCUAAAAUUGAAAAGGAAGCAGUGUCCAAGUGGUUGCUGGAUGUCGAAAGCAAAUUACGGGAAGAAAGCAAAGAAAAUGAAAAUUGUCAACCUCAAGAUCCUUUGAGUCAGAUUAGCCUGACUGCACUUUUACCACCCGAUACACAAAGAAUGAGAGUUCACCAUCUCUCUGAAACGAGCGAUGUUGGAAGUGAUUACAGUGGUGAAUACUUUCAAGAAGAAUCUUGGCAUCAGGUAGCUCUAUUGCAAGAAAUGUUCCCAGCUGCAAGUCCUGCAGAGGUCCGACAUUGUUUAGCUGUUGCUGGUGGUGAUAUUACAGAGGCUGCUCAACUUGCACUUCAUCGUCAAGAAGCAGGGCAAAGUAUUGUUAGUAACCUGACAUUUGUAACACCGAACGGUCGCAACAGGGCCAGAGUGAACGACGAGGAAUUGAAAUCACGUAUCAUCGCUCGAUAUAGUUACGUCGACAGGGACGAUGAUUCGCGCGAGCACCGUCCAGUCGCCCCGAAAACGGAACCGAAAAAGCUGGUGCGUUAUUUGGAGAACAAGAUCGUCAGCGUGAAGGGCGAACGUUAUACAGAAGUUAGACGGGGCGGCGAGGAAGAGGAUGGCAACGAAGGUGGUAGGAAAAGAGGUCAUUGCCGGCCGUAACCAGUCCCUUUGCCUCCACCCCCCGAUCC